AAUUUUGUUUUAUCACUGUUUGAAGUAGAAGAGGAAGGAGAAGAGACUGGCAUAAAACAGUGUAUUUACUUCAAAAUCUGUAUUGUACCUGUUGCAAUUCAAAUAAAGUUAAACUUAAACUUAAAACAGGAACUCCUACAUCUCGAGUUUCACAUCUCAUUCCCGAGUGACUUGCGUUUCUUGUCGGUCACUGAUGUUCUGAAGCGUUGCUUGUUUAUCGAGACACUGUCAAAACUUGUGAAACAUGACUCCUCUUAACGACGUUUUUGUUGGCGGCAUCAGUAGCACUCUUGUCGGGUUGGUGAUGUACGUGGUGGGGAUAGCGACACCCGCCUGGGUCAUUGAUAGUAGAUUGGGUCUACGACAAGAGUGGGGACUGUGGCAGAGAUGUACAACAAACAUCGCGGACAGAACCUGCGAAGGUUACGGAGAUAUCAGUGAUCUGACCGUUGCUCUCCAUUUCACCCGUGCCUUUGCUGUGAUCGGACCACUUCUGCUUAUCGCUGGUGUUAACGUUGCUCUGGUCUUCUACGCCGAACACAAGAACUCCAACAAAGUCCAGAGGAAAUAUGGUGCCCUGAUCAUUGCUGGAGGGGCAUGUGGGGUAAUUGCUACCGCCAUCUUUGGGGUGGAAUUGCGGAAUGCCAUCGGGGUGAAACUGUCGAUUCCUUUCGGCUACUCCUUCCACUUGACCUUGGUGCAGGGGUUGUUAACGGUAGGGGGAGGAGCCGUCAUCAUCGCUGACGGUCGCAGGGAUGCAGAGGAUCAGCAACCCGUGCAACGUAUUAGCCAGGGGUCCGGUGCCGUCCAUGCCACACGUACUUUUGCUGUGAUCGGACUGCUAAUGCUCAUCGCUGGUGUUGCUCUGGCCUACUACGCCGCGUACAAAAACUCCAACAAAGACAAGACGAAAUAUGGUGCCCUGAUCAUUGCUGGAGGAGUCUGUGGGAUAAUUGCUGUCGCCAUCUUUGGUGCGUCAAUGCGGAAUGGCAGCGGGACGGAGCUGCCGAUUCCUUUCGGCUACUCCUUCUACCUGACCUGGGUGCAGGCGUUCCUAACGGUCUUUGGAGGAACCGACAUCAUCGAUAUCAAAGCCGGGCGUAGGGACACAGAGGAUGACCAACCCGUGCACCGUGAGGAAGUUAUUGCAAUGAGAGAGUCUAUUAUUUAAUCAUUAUAUCUAUUUAUUGAGAAGAAGAAAGGGGAAGAAACAAAGUGGAAGAAAUUGACCUAAAACAUGUACUAUUACUUAACCCCUGUGAAGAUAAACUUAAAAAAUAAAAGCCCACAUAUCUCGUGUUUCAAAUCUCAUUUUCGGGCACUAUUAUAAAUGAUGUUUACAUGCACUGUCAAUCAUGAAUUAAUGAAACGACCAACUAGAUUGCUGGAUUUCAAGUUCCUCUAAGCUUUGCUUGUGAAA